AUGAGCGAAAUCCAGCUCGAAGGCGAUAUAAUCGCCCCGGACUAUUCCAAGUCGAUCCAUGAAUCCAUCUCUAGAUGGUCUUUCACCAACAUUAAUGAGCGCCCUGCACUCACAAUUAUUCCAAAUUCUGAGCAAGACAUUCUCAAAGCGAUAGACUGUGCCCGUGACCAUGCACUGCAGCUAUUACCUGCUGGCGGGGGCCAUGGAUUCUUAUCCCCAAUCACGUCCAAGACCCUGUAUCUUGAUUUGAAAAGAUUCAACAAGGUCGAAGUGGAUAGCGAUCAUCACACUGUCACAGUGGGGGGUGGAGCCGUGACGAGCGACUUGAUCAAGGCAUGCACUGAACAAGGAUUCUACACCACUUGGCCUAACAGCAAUGCUGUUGGUGUUGUUGGGUGUAUCUUGGGAGGCGGAAAUCCAACUUUGUUUGGACUACAUGGAAUGAUGAUCGACCAUGUGCUUUCCAUCCGUCUUGUUACUUCGGACAAGAGAAUCGUGGAAUUGACUCCUUCGUCGACUGGUGACGAUCUUGCACUAUUCAAUGCACUGUGCGGAGCAGGCAACGGGCUUGGUGUGGUUACCUCAUUGACAAUGAGAAUUUUUCCUCUCAAGUCCCUUCGACUAUCUGAAAAUGGAGCUUGGAUUCGCAGACUCAUCUUUCCUGCUUCGGAGAUUGAACUUGCUGCGGGUUUGUUUGAUAAAUUACAGCCCCCUCCUCCACCUAUGGUCGUGUCAUUGGUUUGUGCGAGAGCACCACCGACUGCCCCCAAACCGGGAGCACCGCUGAGUGUCCUUACAGUUACCUAUUUUGGGCCGCCAGAAGAGGCAGAGGGACUCACUUCAAUCCUAUUCGAAGAGGGAACAAUCGCCAAGGCGAUUACUUCACAGACUGUCUUUACUCCGCUCUCCACGCUAAACGAUGGACUCAAUCACAUGAACAUCCAUGGCGGGUUCAAAGACAUUCAGUCUGCUUGGCUCAAAAAGACGCAAGCAGAGACCAUCAUAGCUGCAGUUAGGAAAUGGCUUGAUUUCACCACACAAUACGACGAUGCGAAACGUACGACCCUAGUGUUGAGUAGCUCCAAUACUCAAAAGCAACUUGAGAUCCAGGACACGGCAGAAGGGCGAGUCCGAUAUUGUGAUGUUCGCGAUAGAGGAAUUCAGGCAUUGGUUAUCAGUUGGUUCAACGAAACAGAGACCACGCCAGCUGCGAAAGACUUUGCCGCUGGAAUAAAAGCUCUGUACAGGCAAAACACACAGACCACGGAGUUCCCGCGCACAAUCCUAAAUAACAUGGGCCCAGAAAUUGACGCGGGGGAAUUGUUUGCUGAGCACAGGGUGGCAGAGUUGAAGAGACUAGCCGGCGUUUGGGAUCCGACGGGCCUCUUCUGGAGACCAUGGAACUGA